CACUUACUUACACACACACACACACACACACACAUAUACACACACAUAUACACACACACACAGACACACAGAUUAUUGCGUUGCUGUGUGUGAGAUCUCAAAGCGGAAAAGUAAUCAGUGUGAAGAAAAGCUCCGUGAAACCUCCGCAGUGUUCGUGACGUCACAGAGAGUGUUUCUCACACACACACACACUCACUCACACACACACACUCACACACACACACUCACACACUCUGUCGGUGGUGUUGAAGAGGACACACGCAGCAUGGAUGAGGAAUAUGAUGUGAUUGUUUUGGGAACCGGACUCACGGAGUGCAUCCUGUCCGGGAUCAUGUCCGUUAACGGGAAGAAGGUUCUGCACAUGGACAGGAACCAGUACUACGGUGGAGAGAGUUCCUCCAUCACACCACUGGAGGAGCUCUACAAGCAUUUCAGUCUGCCGGACAGUCCAGCCGAGUCCAUGGGCCGAGGAAGAGACUGGAACGUCGACCUCAUUCCCAAAUUCCUCAUGGCUAACGGUCAGCUGGUGAAGAUGUUGCUGUACACAGAAGUGACUCGUUAUCUGGACUUUAAAGUGAUCGAGGGAAGUUUCGUGUAUAAAGGAGGAAAAAUCUACAAGGUUCCGUCGACGGAAUCCGAGGCGCUGGCUUCCAAUCUGAUGGGAAUGUUCGAGAAGAGAAGGUUCCGCAAGUUCCUGGUUUUCGUGGCCAACUUUGACGAGAACGACCCCAAGACCUUCGAGGGCGUGGACCCCAGGAGCACCACCAUGCGUGACGUGUAUAAGAAGUUUGACCUGGGGCAGGACGUGAUCGAUUUCACAGGCCACGCCCUGGCGCUCUACAGGACGGACGACUAUCUGGAGCAGCCGUGUCUGGAGACGAUUAACCGCAUUAAACUGUACAGCGAGUCUCUGGCGCGCUACGGGAAGAGCCCGUACCUCUACCCCCUGUACGGACUCGGAGAACUGCCUCAGGGAUUCGCCAGAUUAAGCGCGAUCUACGGAGGUACCUACAUGCUGAACAAGCCUGUGGAUGAGAUCGUUAUGGAGAACGGACGUGUGGUGGGCGUGAAGUCCGAGGGAGAGGUUGCUCGCUGUAAGCAGCUGAUCUGUGACCCGAGCUACGUUCCGGACCGAGUGCGUAAAGCGGGUCAGGUGAUCCGCGUCAUCUGCAUCCUCAGCCAUCCGAUCAAGAACACCAACGACGCCAACUCCUGCCAGAUCAUCAUCCCGCAGAACCAAGUCAACCGCAACUCGGAUAUUUACGUGUGUAUGAUCUCGUACGCCCAUAACGUGGCCGCUCAGGGUAAAUACAUCGCCAUCGCCAGCACCACGGUGGAGACGAGCGACCCCGAGGCCGAGAUCCAGCCCGCUCUCGAGCUGCUCGAGCCCAUCGACCAGAAGUUUGUGGCCAUCAGUGAUCUGUACGAGCCGUCAGAUGAUGGAACAGAGAGUCAGGUCUUCUGCUCUCGAGCGUACGACGCCACCACACACUUCGAAACGACCUGCAACGACAUCAAGGACAUCUACAAGCGCAUGACCGGGACUGACUUUGACUUUGAGAACAUGAAGCGCAAACAGAACGACGUGUUCGGGGAGGACGAGCAGUGAGAGCACGGGGUGUGUGUGAGGGGGUGAAAGGUCAAACUGUGGAGGCGGGGCAAAAGGCGGGGCAAAAGGGCGGGGCAAUCAGGGGGCAGACAGUCAUUACUGGGAAAUAUGAAGGAGUGAAAGAUGGAGGGAGGAGAAUAGAGGGAGGUAUAGUUAGAGCCUGUGUGAAUGAUGGGACCUGUUUCACCUCCCGGAACACACACACACACACACACACACACACACCUCUUCUCUUCUCUUCAUUUUCUGCUUGUCUUUACAUCCCUCCAUUAUAUUCGCAGGAUAGCUGUGUUCAGUAGUGACUAUAGCGUGUGGAUGAAUGAAGUGUUAUUGUUUACGUGUGUGUGUGUAUGUAUGUGUGUAUGUAUGUGUGUAUGUAUGUGUGUGUGUUUGUGUGUGUGUGUUUGAAAAUCUUUAAAAACUUGACCUGAUUGUUUUUACACUCCGUCUAAAUGUAAAACGAUUUAAAAAGCGUUAAAGCUCCGAAGCACAGACUGACACUAACUUCACGUCUUAAACUCUUAACUCUUUGUUCUGUUCAGAGCGGCCGGAACGUAACACAGUAGAAACGUUAAAAAUGCGUUAUAAACAUUUAUAAAAAUUAUACUGUUUCGUUUGCAUGAAAAUCUAAAAAGAUGCCUGUGUACAAGAACCGCUUAAACACUUCUAGACCUCCUUUUUCCACAAGAACGUUGAGCUUCCUGUUCUGGAAAUCACAACUAACUUCAUCAUUCCCACAUUCCAACAUUCCAUCAUUCCAACAUUCCAACAUUCCAUCAUUCCGCCAUUCCCACAUUCCAACAUUCCCACAUUCCAACAUUCCCACAUUCCAACAUUCCCACAUUCCAACAUUCCCAUCUCCUUCAUGCACCAGCUUUAUCGCCGUAACGCGAGGAGCCGUUCUCCUACACCUUACACUCAAACCCUGCUAUUACACAAGAUUUCCAAAUUCCCAGAAUGCAUUAUUUCUUUAAAUGGGAAAAAUGUUAAUAAUGAAUUCUAUUCCCAUCCGGAAUUACACAACUACUUUCCCGAUGUCACUAAACUACUACGCUAAAAUAACACUAUUGAACUAUUUUUAUUUAGAUUUAUUGCAUUUGGCAGACGCCCUUAUCCAGAGCGACUUACAAUUAUCUCAUAACAUUCUAAUAACAUUAUUACAGCUACUAACAAUAAUCUCCAUCUUUUCCUCGCCUGCUUUUUCUGCUUGAUUUCAGUUCGUUAUCUUUAAAUGUUAAACGCAGUGGAACAGCUGGUCUACACUGAUGCUGGAACAUCAGCGCCACCUAGAGGCUUCUCGCUCCAGCGCUCUGCCCUGACGCUCUGUCUGUAUUUUACUUGAUAUUUUCCGUCGUGUUCUUUAUGCCGGAUUCGCGGGUGGAACAGGCGCUAUAGCAGGGUCUGGGUGUUAAAAUGUGAAGUAUGUUGAUGGGGAUGAAGUUUGGAGAUCCAUGUUACAGUAAUUAAUAUAACACAACUGUGAAAGAAUUGAUUAAAGUUACGCGUUUUACGCCGCACAGUCGAUGUUUAAGAGGUUCGGAGUCUGUUUGUACUGGAGCUGCGAGACUAACGGGCGCCAUUUCCAACAGAAAUCCCACCUGAAGCACACGGACAUGUCGUUUCUCACCCGAGGGACUGUUUGUGUGAAAUUGUGCAGAUUUGAUGUUUUCGUGUGAGACUGAGAGCAGAAACAGGACACAGUGGUGUGAAGAAUACAAACGAAACAGGAAGUGAGAGGGAAGAGAAUGAGGUAAAGAGGAAGUGAAAAUGAUAAAUGAUAAAAAAAGGAGUGCAGAUUUAUUUGCAAGCUGAUUGGACGUGAUGAAGGUUUCGCGUGUUAUGAUGUCAUGAUUUGAGCCCCUUAAAAAAGAACUUUAAACUGUGAGCCGUUAGUUAAUGAACUAAUUCUCGAGGAAGCGGAAGAUCCGCUGAUGUUGUUCUGCGUGUUGUGUCUGAUUUUAUUUUCUGUAGCUGUGUGUUAAAGGAUGAACUGCAGAUGGAAGCUGUGCAAUAUUCAUCAGUACACUAAUAACCUGCUCAUUAACCCUUUAUUAACCCCUUAUUAACCUGUAAUGAUGAACAUUUCAGACUGUAAUGAUGAUAAACGUGUGUCUGUUACAGCACUGUAGAUUUCUGUCUUUCUCUACAUUUCACCAUCGCAUCACGAGGAUCAGUGAUUUAUUACACGUCUCGUCUCUCGUUAACGUGGACGUGAAAAUUAUUUCUGAAUUUUAUUUCGCUUUCACAUCGUUCACAUCGUUCACAUCACUGCACUUACAGACUGAUAAAGUUACUCAGAAUUCCCAUAUCACCAUUCCAUAAACUGAUACAAAACAAAUUACUCUUUAUUUCAUUAUCGUAAGGAAUAUUUGUGUCACUGAUAUUAAAUUUUAUUCAGAUUCAUCUUUAACAAUAUUCAGCUGCACAGAAUUGUGUAGAAAUCACUACAUUCGAUUCAGAUUGAUUUCCUGACUGCUGAUUGGCUGAAAUAAACAGGAAAGGAAUGAGAAUGUAGUGUUUUAUAAACUAAAAUCUGAAUUUGAUAAACUGAAUUGGAAAUGCACUCUGCCACCAAUUUUAUUAAAACUUGAUAUAAUAUUUCAAAAUAAAGAAAAAAAUGGAGAAGUGAAUAAAUUGUAAACGGCACAAACGUUAUUCCGUACGAUUAAUGAAUAUAAUGUUGGAUUUCAAACACUUUAGAUUCCUCAAAUUCACAACUUGUUCUUUAUCUAGCCUUAAAACACACACACACACACACACACACACACACACAGUGUCACACAGUGUGUGUGUGAUAUCUGCGAGCCUCAAAUGACUGGAAACUAAAAUUCCUUUUCUUUCGUAACAUCUCAUAAAAAGCUGUGUGUGAAUUUGUUUCUCCAUCAAUAACACUUUGAUUUUUUAUUUAUUUAAUUUAAAAAUGAGAAUUGUUUUCUAUCUCGUGUUGUGCCGAGUUCUUUGCUUUAGAAGGACACGCAGAAAAUCGAUAGUGACGUGAUCUCUCAUCUAUAACCGAUCUAAACCCGUGUGUGUGAACGUGUAGCUAAUGUUCUGUUCAACUCAGUAAAUUAUAAACCUGUAUGAACUUAAAAAACCUGGAACAAUAAAGGCACACGAUCGACUGA